AUGGGGCCAGCGUGGUUGUGGCUGCUGGGAGCGGGAAUCUUGGCCUCCGUCUACUGUCAGCCCUUUCCUGCCCAUGGAGAUAAGAGUGUGGGGGUAUCUCAAACACACAGCGGUCAGUUCUCGGAAUCAGCCCCCGCCUACCACAAAGUCACACCCGCCAUUACCGACUUUGCUUUGCGUUUGUAUAAGCAGCUGGCAGCUGAAACCCCAGGAAACAUCCUCUUCUCCCCCGUGAGCAUCUCUACCACCCUGGCCCUGCUCUCCCUCGGGGCCCGAGCUGACACUUCGACUCAGAUCCUGGAGGGUCUCGGCUUCAACCUCACAGAGACCCUGCAAGCCGACAUCCACCGAGGCUUCCAGAGCCUCAUCCACACCCUUGACCUGCCCAGCCCUAAACUUGAACUGAAAGUAGGCAACUCCCUGUUCCUGGACAAGCAGCUAAAGCCCAGGCAGCAAUUUUUGGAUAGCAUCAGGGAGCUGUACGGAGCGUUUGCUUUUUCCGCUAACUUCACCGAUUCUGCUACCACCGGAAGGCGGAUUAAUGAGUACGUGAGGAAGCAGACAUACGGGCAAGUGGCGGACUGCCUGCAGGAGUUCGCCGAAGACACGCUCAUGGUUCUCUUGAACUUCAUCUUCUUCAAAGCCAAGUGGAAGCAUCCUUUCGAUCGUUACCAGACCCAGAAGCAAGCAAGCUUCUUUGUGGAUGAGAGGACCACCCUCCGCAUCCCCAUGAUGCACCAAAAGGAAAUGCACAGGUUCCUCUAUGACCAAGAGAUGGCUUGCACCGUCCUCCAGAUCGAAUACAGCGGCAACGCCCGGACCCUGCUGGUCCUCCCUGACUCAGGGAAGAUGCAGCAGGUAGAGGCCUCUCUACAGCCAGAAACCCUGAGAAAAUGGAGCCAACUGUUCCUGCCCAGCCUCCACCUGUGCCCCGAAGGGCCUGCAAUAGCCCCAGAACGGGGCCACGUUCCCGAGGGAAAUUCCAGCAGUGCGUGGAUCAAAGCCAUCUGCCAGGAGCACACGCGGUGGAAACAGAAACAGGUCUGA